GUCGAGAGUUCCCCAGAGCGACGACUGGACUCCACCGGUCGCCCAACGGCCGAAGACGACGCCGGUCGCGCCGCGCCCGCGGAUGGAGCCACCGGGCGACGACACCGUUUCGGGUUCUUUUCGGCUGUGAAGCUCCAGCCUAGCUGUGCAUCAUGGGUAAGAAUCAGCACAGUAAGGACAUGCUGCACCUGAGGCCCACCGAGUGGGCCCAGGAUGGUCGCGGCUUCAAGGCGUCCAAAUGGACUCCCUUUUCCAAGCUGCCACUCAACUGCUGCUUCCUCUCGCUGCAGCCCUUUGACAAGCCUGUCGGCACACGAGACGGCUCCGUAUUUGAGAUCACUCACAUCUUGAAGUACAUCAAACGAUAUGGGGUGCACCCGGUGCAUGGUGGGAAGUUGGAAGUCAAGGAUCUCAUCCCCCUGCACUUCCACAAGAAUGCCCAGGGCAACUUCCACUGCCCGGUGACCUUCAAGGUCUUGGGGAACAACACCGCGGUGUGUGCCAACCUGGCGUCUGGGCAUGUCUACUGUUUGGAGGCAGUGAUGGAGCUCAACAAGAAGACCAAGAACUGGAAGGACUUGAUGACUUCUCAACCUUUCAAGUGGACCGACAUUGUCAUGCUGCAAAAUCCCGACCAGAUCGAGGGCCGCGAAGUGUCGAAGUUCCAUUUCAUGGUCUCUGGCCAACAGGAUGAAGUGGUGCGCGAAAUCACGAAUCCAGAGAGCAAGGUGAGCGACAAGAAAGAUGAGAGUCUCCGACCCAAUGCGGCCGUGGACCGGAUCUUCGCCGAGAAGGAGCGCCUCGCCGAGAAGAAGGCGCAGGAGGCUGCGGACCAGGCGGCGGCCAACCCCGAAGAGGCCAAGGCGCAGGAAGAGGCGGCCAAGACUGCGGAGGAGCAGAAACAAAAACUGAAGGAGGCACAGGCGAAGCGGAAGACCAAUGAACGCUAUACCUCCAAUGAGGUCGGCGCCUCCUUCACGUCCACCGCGGUGCCUCUCAAGUCGAAGAAUGAGCUGCGGAAGCUCACCGAGGAGGAAGAGUUGCAGGAUCUCUAUGAUCAGGUUCGAAAGAAGAAGCAGAAGGGCUAUGUGCGAGUCGUAACGUCUUGUGGCUGCCUCAAUUUGGAGAUCCAUUGCAACAUUGCACCAAGAACCUCCGACAACUUCCUCCGGCUCUGUGAGCGCAACUACUACGACAACACGAUCUUCCACCGGCUAAUCCGAAACUUCAUGUUGCAGGGCGGAGACCCCACGGGCACUGGCCGCGGUGGAGAGAGUGGCUUCGAAGGUGGGAAGCCCUUCAAAGAUGAGUUCGACAGCCGGUUGCUUCACCAGGGUCCUGGCGUCGUCAGCAUGGCAAACAGCGGGAAGAAUACCAACCGGAGUCAAUUCUUCAUCUCUUUGAAAUCUUGUGAGCACCUCAACAACAAGCACUCGGUGUUUGGCCGAGUGGUUGGGGGCCUCCAGAUCCUGGAGGUUCUCAACAACUGGGAGACCGAUGCCAAAGACAAACCCGUGACGGAGAUUAAGCUCAUCCGCACAGAGGUUUUCAAGAAUCCCUUUAAAGAGAUCACGGAGGAGAUGGCGAAACCCAAAGUGGAGAAGGUGGUGGACCCUGUAGCUACCUGGUUUAGCAAUCGCCGGGAUCCCAUGCAAGAGCACAAGAACCGGAACUCCACACAGGUUGGGAAGUAUCUGCCGGAUGAACUGCCGGCCCUUCCAGGGCAGUCCAAACGCCCCGAGGCCAUGCCGGAGGAAGAGGUUGAAUACGCGAACAUCACCCAGAAGUCAGACACUGAACACAUGGCGGCCGAGGGAUGACGGGGUAAACAGUCGAAGCGUGCCAGAACAGACUUCGACUUCUCCUCCUGGUGAGGGACAGGUCGCCCGAAGCAACCUCCCGACCGAGAGGAGGCCGUCGCCGCCACCCGGGAAAUGUGUGAGUGACUCCGUGUCUCCGUCGACAUGUGAUUUGGGGACGCAAAAAUGAGCUACUACAGGACGGAGAAGAAUGCACAGCACUGCAGAAAGUUCUGAAUUCAGCCAUUCUGCUGUGGGUCAGUUCACUUCUAGAGUCUAGAGUGCUUGAGAGGCCAGGAAAGGGAGCUAGAGCUAUUGAGAUCCAGUUUUUGGCUUAUUGCCGGCAAAAGCAAGAUGUAUAUAAGUGGGAUGCAAGAAGGACGUCCUCUGGCCAACUUGUGAUUCUCCUUGACACUACUUGGCACUGAAAAGCUGAUCAGAAUAAUUUUCCUUUGAGCCACCAUCUUUCGGUGUUGCGGUUUCGCACAUUUGAAGGUCCCAAGCCUGGUCAUGGUCUGAAG